CCGCGCUCUCGGCAUGGCCGCUCUGCCCCGCCGCUGCUGAGGAGGCGCCGGGCCCGCGCCGCUGCCCGCUCCGCUGCCGCUCCCGCCGCCGCCGCCGCCCGCCGCGCCCCGCAGGGCCAUGGCCGACUGGGCCCCCGCUCAGGACCUGGAGUGGGACAUGGAGUCCCAGGAGCUGGCCCUGGAGCAGCCCCUGCCCGCCCCCGAGCAGGGCCCCGCCGGGGAGGCCGAGCUGCCGGCCGCCGAGAUCUCCCUGACGCUGGUCACCGAGAUCCAGGCCGUGGACAGGAAGGUGGACGCCCAGGCCGCCCAGCUGAUGAACCUGGAGGGGAGGAUGAGGAUGGCGGAAACGAAGCUGAUCGGCUGCGAGAAGACGGCGGUGGAGUUUGGGAACCAGCUGGAGAGCAAGUGGACCGCGCUGGGCACCCUCAUCCAGGAGUACGGGCAGCUGCAGAAGAGGCUGGAGAACAUGGAGAACCUGCUGAAGAACAGGAACUUCUGGAUCCUGCGGCUGCCCCCGGGGGCGAAGGGGGAGGUCCCCAAGGUCCCCGUGGCCUUCAAUGAUGCUUCGUUUAACUUCUCUGAGGAGGAGUGGAAGAGCUUGAACGAGUGGCAGAAGGAGCUUUACAGGCAUAUCAUGAAAGGCAACUACGAGGCCGUCAUCUCGAUGGAUGCUGCCAUUUCGAAGCCUGACCUCCUGUCGCGGAUCGAGCAAGGAGAGGAUCCCAACGUGGAGGAUCAGGAUGACUCUGAGGGAGGAGAAACCCCUACAGACCCCAGCACUGAGUUUUCCUUUCCUGGUCCCGAUGACAGCUCGUGGAGUAAAUACGAAGAGACUCUGGCUGAAAGCCACGAGGGCUCUGAAGAAGAGGAGAGCAUGGAGGUCCCCAGUACAUAUGAACAGCAGUGUGAUGAGGAAGGUCCCAAAAGCCUCGAGCUUCCUAGCUCGUUGGCGGGAAAGUGGGAAGAGGUUUUCUCAAGCCCAGAGGAAGAGGUAAAGCCAAGCGGCAAGAGCCGGAGCGGAUCGACCCCGCAGCAGAGAACUGCAACGGGCAACGGGCUGAGGCGCUCCGCUCGCCGUGGGAGAGACUUGGCCAGGAAGGACGCUCCUGAGGACACGACCGCAGUAGAGGGGCCGUACAUCUGCUGCGAGUGUGGGGAGAGCUUCCUGGACAAGCAGCUCUUCGCCACCCACCAGAAAGCGCACGCCAGCGAGGAAGCCUGCACUUCCCUGGAGCACGGAGAAAGCUUCAGGCAGAAAUCCAAACCAACCCCUACGAAAGCCCAGGGGCCCUCCCGCUCCAAACCGUCCAAGCGCCCCGAUGGGGAGAAGAGCUCUGGGUUCAAGUACGGCUUUGUCAGGCACCAGGUGAACAACAUGGUGGAGAGACCGUACACCUGCUCCCAGUGCAAGGAGAGCUUCAGCCUGGAAGUGAGCCUUAUCUUGCACCAGAAGCUCCAUACGGGGAAGGGCGACGGGCCGCUGACGUGCACCUACUGCGGGAAGGACUUCCGAGACCUCUCCAAAGCCAUCCGCCAUCAGCGCAUCCACACCGGGGAGAGGCCGUACCAGUGCACCGAGUGCGGGAAGAGCUUCAUCCGGCGGGACCACCUGCUCAAGCACUGGCGGGUCCACACCGGGGAGACCCCCUACCAGUGCCCUGUCUGCGGGAAGCACUUCCGCUACAAAGAGUCUCUGAAUUGUCACCAGAAAAUCCACUCCCGCAAUCCCCGGCCCAUGGAGGAUUCACAGCACAACCUGGAGUCGGCAACUCAAACCGGCCAUUUCUGCGUGAAAAAAGAAACUAAGCAUGACCUGGUCUGCAGCUCUGCAGGGUGGUGGCCACAGCUGCAACCGAUGCGUCCCAAGCGCUGGCUGCUGGAAGCUCCCGUUUCUCCCCCGUUCCCAUCCCGUUUCUCCCCCAUUCCCAUCCUGGAGCGGGCGCGGCCCGCGCGGCGGCGGCGGCCCGCCCGCCCCCUGCCGGCUCGGCGGGGCAGCGGCGGGGCCGGAGCGCCCAGCGCGGAGCGGCGGAGCCGGGACCCGGAGCCGCGCUCGGUCUCUCGCCGCCGCGCCCCCCGCCCCUACCACCCACCCCGCGCCUUCCCCGGUCGGGUCGGGCCGGGCCGCGCCCCGCCCCGCCGCGCCGCCCCGCCGCGCCCCCGCCCCGCCGCCGCCCCGCCGCGCCGCGCCGCCCCGGGCCCAGCCCGAUGCCCGGCGGCGGGCGGAGGUGAAGGAGCGAGCGGGCGCUGGAUCCUCCCGGCCGCGGCCCCCGGGGCCCCGGGCAGGGAACAAAGGGCCAUGGCCGAGGGGGCUCCCGCUCAGGCGCCGGAGCCGGUGCUGCAGCCGCGCUGCCCCUCGCCCCUCCGGCCGCCGGCCGGCCCCGAGCGCACCUCGGAGCGGGAGACGCAGACGGCCGAGCUGUCCCUGACAGUGGUGGCAGCCGUGCAGGCGGUGGAGAGGAAGGUGGAUUCCCAUUCUACCCGCCUGCUCGACCUGGAGGGUCGGACGGGGAUGGCGGAGAAGAAGCUGAUCGACUGCGAGAAGACGGCGGCGGAGCUGGGGAACCAGCUGGAGAGCAAGUGCGCGGCGCUGGGCACCCUCAUCCAGGAGUACGGGCUGCUCCAGCGGCGCCUGGAGAACAUGGAGAACCUCCUGAAGAACAGGAACUUCUGGAUCCUGCGGCUGCCCCCGGGCAGGAAGGGCGAAGUCCCCAAGGUGCCGGUGACGUUUGACGACGUGUCCGUGUAUUUCAACAACAAGGAAUGGGAGAAGCUGGAGGAGUGGCAGAAGGAGCUGUACAAGAACGUGAUGAAGGGGAACUAUGAGUCGCUCAUCUCCCUGGACUAUGCAAUUUCCAAACCUGGUGUUUUGUCUCAGAUCGAGCAAGGAGAAGAAUCACGGGUCAGGAACGAGCAGGACUUGGAGGAGAGUGAGAUCAUGACCGAUGCCACCGCAGCUGGUAUAAGGGUUGUGAUCAAAACGGAGGAGCUCCUUCCUGAAGACAGCCCCGAAAACCCCGAGCUGCGCGGAAUGUCGGGGCAGUCGGAGGGGAGCUUCCAGAGUCCGGACGAGGAGGCAGCCUGCGAGAGCCCCUACGGCUCCGUCUCUCCUCCGAGGGACCUCCCGGCAACCAGCGUGGGUGACUCCUCCGAAUACGUAGCUGACUUCAACGAGAUCCAGAGGGUCAUCGUUCACCACGGGAGCUGCACAGAGGACGGGAUCGUGAUCAAGACGGAGGAGGAGGGGGAGGAGGACGACCCCGACCCCCUGGAGCCGUGCGCCAUGUUCUCAGGCAGGACCGAGCCGCCGGCGUUCCCCAGCCACGAGGCCGGGGUGGGCUGCGAGGCGCAGUGCAGCUCCAAAACGCAGCCCAGGAGCCUGGCGGCCGCCCGUGUGGGGAAGCCCCCCGCCUGCGAGAGGGACUCCGGGGAGAUGAAGCCAGCGAUCGCCCAGCAGCGGAACCGGACGAGGGAGAGACCCUACAUCUGCCCCGAGUGCGGGAAGAGCUUCAUGCUCAAGAUCAACUUCAUGAUCCACCAGCGCAACCACCUCAAGGAAGGGCCCUACGAGUGCCACGACUGCGACCUCAGCUUCCGCAACAAGCAGCAGUUCCUGCUGCACCAGCGCAGCCACACGCGCCGCGGCGUGGGGGUCCCCCGACGCCCCGAGCACGGCCUCAAGCCCCAGCCGCGGCCCCCGCCCCCGGGGAAGCCCUACAAGUGCUCCGAGUGCGAGAGCAGCUUCAGCCACAAGUCGAGCCUCAGCAAACACCAGAUCACCCACGUCGGGGAGCGGCCCUUCACCUGCGGCGAGUGCCGGAGGAGCUUCCGCCUGCAGAUCAGCCUCAUCAUGCACCAGAGGAUCCACGCCGGCAAGAGCGAGAUGGCCUUCCUCUGCCCCCAGUGCGGGAAGAACUUCACCCGGCCCUCCCACCUCCUGCGGCACCAGCGGACUCACACCGGCGAGCGGCCCUACCAGUGCAGCCAGUGCGAGAAGACCUUCAGCGAGAAGUCCAAGCUCACCAACCAUUACCGCAUCCACACCCGGGAGCGCCCGCACGCCUGCGCCGUCUGCGGGAAGGGUUUCAUCCGCAAGCACCAUCUCCUGGAGCACCAGCGCAUCCACACGGGCGAGCGGCCCUACCACUGCACCGAGUGCGGCAAGAACUUCACCCAGAAGCAUCACCUCCUGGAGCACCAGCGGGCGCACACCGGCGAGCGGCCCUACCCCUGCACCGAGUGCACCAAGUGCUUCCGCUACAAGCAGUCCCUCAAGUACCACCUGAGGACGCACAUGGGAGAGUGA